AUGACUGAGAAGACUCCGAGUUCGCUAUUUGUGCGGAAUUUAACGUUUUCUACGACGAGCAAUGACUUGACGGAUUUCUUUUCCAACGCUGCUCCUGUAAAACAUGCCGUUGUCGUCACAGACAAGGAAACAGGACAAAGCAAAGGUUUUGGAUUUGUGACAUUCAGUCUUCAUGAAGAUGCAGUCCGGGCCCUGGAGGAGUUAAAAAACAAAAAGCUGGAUGGCCGUAUUCUUCGAAUGGAGUUUGCUGCUCCUCGGAAACGUAACGGUGAGACCUCAGAUAAACCAAAAAAGCCGGAGCAAGUUCGCAAAGACACACGUCCGCGCUUAAUUGUUCGGAAUCUGCCUUGGUCAGUCAAAAAGCCCAAGCACUUAGAACCCUAUUUUGCGAAGUUUGGAAAGGUUCGUGAGAUUAAGGUGCCAACGAAGGGUGGAGGACGUAUGUGCGGUUUUGCUUUCGUCUGGAUGAAAGACCGGGCAAGUGCCCAGAAGGCAAUGGAUACUUUAAAUGCUACUGAAAUUGACGGCCGUGUUGUCGCCGUUGAUUGGGCCGUCAGUAAAGAUGAGUUUGAACAGAAAAAGACGGAAAAGGGUGAGUCUAACGACUCCGAAGAAUCUGAGGACGAGUCAGAGGAAGAAUCCGCCGACGAAGAUGAGAGCGAAGAGCAGGAAGAAAACGAGAGUGAGGUUGAUGAGGAAGUAUUAGUUCACAACUCGGAUUCGGGUUCUGACCUUGAGGCUUCUGAGGCAGAGGACUCAGAGAAAAACUUGGAAAAAGACAAGGAGGAUGCUGAAGCAGACGAAUCAGAAAAUUCUGCUUCUGAAGAAGAAGAAGAUUCUGGCAAGCCUGAAAGUACCAUCUUCAUUCGUAAUCUCUUGUUCGAGACUACCGAACAAGCUUUGUAUCAACACUUCCGUCAAUUUGGUCCCCUCGAAUAUGCUAAGAUCGUCAAAGACUAUGCAACGGGUCUCUCACAAGGUCGUGGUUUUGUUAAAUUUCGCUAUCAAAAUGACUAUGAAGCUUGUCUUGAACUGGCUCAACAGUUGCCUGAGCCUGAAGCUAAGGCUGCUGAGAAGCAUCAUCUUCCAUCUGUGCUUGCCAGUGAAGAAUUUCUUGAUCCAGACAACAACAUUGCCAAAUUUACUCUCGAUGGUAGACUACUGCUCAUUACGCCGGCCGUCACACAAGACGAGGCCUCUCGUAUUAAUGAGGAAGGCAAGAAAAAACGUCAGUUGUUGCAAGGAAAGGGUGUAGACAAGCGUAAUCUGUAUCUUAUUAAUGAAGGUCGGAUUACUGCUAAUCAUCCUCUGUAUAAUAUGCUUUCCGAAACGGAUCGUACGCUGCGUCAGGAGUCACUUCGUACCCGGAAAAAACUGUUGGAACGCAACCCCACUCUUCAUGUUUCACUGACGCGUUUAUCUAUUCGAAAUCUUUCUCGUCACAUUAACGUUAAGAUUCUUGGAAUGCUUGGUCGUCAGGCUGUCCGUGGUUUCCUUGAAGAGGUAAAACAGGGUGUUCGUCAACCUCUUACUCAAGAGGAAUUGGAACGUGAUGAGAACAACGGUGCAGGACGGUCCAAGGGUUUCGGUUUCCUUCAGUAUUCGGCCCAUAAAUAUGCACUUAUGGCUCUUCGUUGGUUGAAUGGAAGAGAGGUCACCGUUCACAGCAUUGUUGAGGCGGAAAAAGAAUGGGCUCGUGAACAUCGUAUGCCUCUUCCCGAACUUCCAAUCAUCGAUUUUCCUGACAAGAAGCGUCGCUUACAGGUUGAAUUUGCUAUCGAAAACAUCCGGAUUGUGAAAAACCGUGCACAAAAAGUUGAGUCUCUCCGCAAGAAGGCUGCCGAUGCCAAACAGAAGGAAGCCGAUGCUUCCGCUGAUCUUAAACGCAAACGUGCUAGUGAACUAAGUGAAGCUGAACGUGCUGAACAUGAAAAACGAGCAAAGGUUGCUCGUAUCAUUCAACAAAAGCGUAUGAAGCGUCGUCAACGUAAGCAUUAA